GCCGAAACGCAAAUGGAGUCAGUUGUGGUGGGAGUGCAAGAGGUCUCAUCCUAACCUCCAAUGUUUUCGUCGAGUUGUUGGUCAGGUGUUGCGUCCGCACGUUUUCGGUAGUGUUCAGUGCGCGUUACGUGACAAUGUUAUCGCAAUAAUACGAGAAAAAAACAAGUGUCAGGCCAGGUCAGGAUGAACCCCAGGCCCCAGCUGCAGCCCUUCCUCAACAACUCGCUGGCCAUCCGCCAGGAGAUCCAGAGGUUCGAGAGUGUGCACCCUUCCAUCUAUGCCAUCUACGACCUGAUUGAUUUAAUUCCCGACGGUCUGGUGGCCCAACAAAUCCGAGAUCACGUCGUUUGCAUUGAAGAUUCCUUCGUGAAUAGCCAAGAAUGGACGUUAUCACGUACCGUUCCGGACCUGCGGUUGGGCAUCGUCGGCUCCUUAUCAUCCGGAAAGUCCGCCCUAGUCCACCGCUAUUUGACCGGAUCUUACAUGCAGGAAGAGUCACCGGAAGGAGGACGUUUCAAAAAGGAAAUACUCGUCGACAAUCAAAGCUACCUUUUGUUGAUACGAGACGAAGGCGGACCUCCGGAACUACAGUUCACCGCAUGGGUGGAUGCUGUGAUCUUCGUUUUUAGUCUAGAAAACGAAUCUUCAUUUAACGCCAUCUACAACUAUUACACGAAGAUGUCUCAUUAUCGGAACUCAGCCGAGAUUCCACUCAUCUUAGUUGGAACGCAAGAUGCAAUAAGCGAGAAUAAUCCGCGAGUAAUCGACGAUUCUCGAGCUAGGAAACUGGCUAACGACCUGAAGAGGUGUUCUUACUAUGAGACUUGUGCCACCUACGGACUCAAUGUUGAACGAGUCUUUCAAGACGCGUGUCAAAAAAUCGUCCAACAGCGCCUAUCCGUAUCAACAACAUGUCUCACGCCUACAAAUUCGCGCCCCUCAACCCCCAACAACCAUUUCCAUCCACCCCAACGCCAUCUACCAACCACUCAACCAAAUAAUGUUUUUUCCCAAAUGUCACCUAGUCAUACAAUCUCCUCCCAUAAAGACUUGCACUCGUUAGGUUCGCGUCAAGUCCACACUCUCUCCUCCUCCACGCAUUACCUCCACAAAUCAUCCGACGAGAAAUGGAACUCCUCCUCCUCCACACUCAGUCAUGGCUCCUCCCAAGCCCUCGUAGUACAAACGGAAAACAACAACGUGACCAAAUUCGCCACGCCCCAUCCAAUCGACAACAUCCAACCAAAAGACUCGAAAGACUUGCCCACGCCCAGUUCCACCCCCACCACCGCUCGAAAGAGUAGGCGGCGGUCGAAUUUGUUCACGCCCUCGAAAAAAGGGGACGAUAAGUUGAAAAAUGUGGGCGAUUUUGGGAGUGGGAGGGCGAUUCCCCUCAAACAGGGCUAUCUUUAUAAACGUAGCAGUAAACCGUUGAAUAAAGAAUGGAAGAAAAAAUACGUGACUUUGUGUGAUGAUGGGCGUUUGACGUACCAUCCCAGCCUACAUGAUUACAUGGACGAUGUUCAUGGUAAAGAGAUUUCGCUCCAAUAUGUCACUGUUAAAGUACCGGGACAGAAACCAAGAGGGUCAAAAUCCAUAAUCACAGUGGCUGGGACCCAUAAUGGUUCGAACAGUAUUAACGAAGGGUUGGGUGGCUUGUCCUUGGGUGGGAAAGAUAAAAGGACGACGGAAAAAGUACUGAUGAGUGCGUUCGAAACGGUGAAGGAUCCCAGUUCGAAGUAUGGACAAGUGAGUGGGGAUGAAGGGAUGGUACUGUCCAAUAGUAGUUCGUUUGUUAAUGGGGAUGGGAUUAAGACGGAAACGCCCAAUGUCAAGAAGAGGCACAGAAGAAUGAAGAGUAGUGGGGUGAAGAGUUCGGAGUAUGAUGAUCCGGACGGUUACGAAUUUUUUAUCGUGUCAUUGGACAACAAACAAUGGCAUUUUGAAGCGUCAAGUUCGGACGAACGUGACGAUUGGGUCGCUGCAAUAGAACAACAGAUUUUGAAUUCACUGCAAUUGAACGAAUCAUCCAAAGGCAAAAAGCAAAACAAUCCAAUGGAAGCUGCAACAAUACAAUCAAUACGUAGUCGUGUACCUGGAAACGGUUUUUGUGUCGACUGUGAUGCCACUAAUCCGGACUGGGCAAGCCUGAACCUCGGCGUCCUCAUGUGCAUCGAAUGCUCGGGGAUUCACCGUAAUCUCGGAUCUCAUAUUUCUAGAGUUAGGUCACUUGAUUUGGACGAAUGGCCGGCCGGACAUUUGAGCGUAAUGUUGGCCAUCGGUAAUACGUUAGCGAAUUCGGUGUGGGAAUGUCGAACACAGGGCCGGACUAAACCAACGCCUACUUCGAGUCGUGAGGAGAAGGAGAGGUGGAUUAGGGCGAAAUAUGAAAGUAAGGAGUUUCUUCCGCCGCCUAACACCACAAUGCCUUUAGGGCAACAACUGGUCGAUGCUGUCUGCAGUUCAAACAUGAAGGCAAUUAUUCAUGUCUUGGCGAUGGCUAACACGGAACAAGUCAAUACAACGGUGGCCCCAAGGGACCUAAGGACGCCCCUGCAUUUGGCCUGCGCGAUGGGCAAUUUGGCCGUUGCGCAGUUGCUCAUUUGGCACAACGCGAACGUGAAGGCGGUGGACCAAGACGGGCGCACCUGCCUGGCGUACGCGCGCGCCGCCGCCAGCAUCGCCGCCGCCAAGAGCCAGAGCAACAACAGCGUGAGCGCCGACGUUUCGGCCGCCGCCAGCCGCAGCCUCGUCGACCUUUUGCUCUCUUACGGUUGCCCCGAAGUGUCCUGCGUGCCCGGGAGCGGGACUUUGCCCCGCCGCCGCGGCACAACCAAUCAAACGAUGCCUCAGCUCCCCUCGAGCGUGAUCUAACCAAUGACUGAACGACCUGCCCCACCCCACCACUCACACAGGGUGCACUCGAAAAGUUUUCGAAACCUCGUCGUGUUCACACCGAUUCGAUGUCUUAUUGUAGUACAAUCAAGUUUUUUAUUAGCACAGCGUGGAAGUACUUACGACUGACUGGUCAUUUUUUCAAUAUUGCACUGUGAAGCGAGUAUUAUGUAAUAAGCGACUAUACUAUUAAAAAAAUGAAAUCUUUUAUAUGUGAAUUUGUAAUAUUUGUACCUUGGACGUGAUUGAUUGAUUGAUUGUUUGUUAUUUAUCUGGUUUUUCUGUGGACUGUGGUUACGAUUCGAUUACUGAUUAUUUAUGCAGGAAUACUCCCUUUGUUGACGUUUUUUUCCUUUGUAUAUAAUUUCGCCAAAGAUUUGUAUUGAUUGUUUUGUAUAUACGGAGCUAAAUUAUGUACAGAAAUUAUAUAUGUUGUUCUUCCUUACAUAAAAUGUUACGAAACUGA